AUGCCGGGCCUUGUCGCAGACGCCACUCGCAUCUGGGAGCUCAACCUCUACUGGCCACUCCACGCGCAAUGUGGAGUCUGGGACCCUAAAGGCAAGGGCGUCGACGUAUGGGAGUGUAUCCGUCCGCACCAUUCUACGCCGGGCACCCAGCCCCCAAACAAUCUCUACUGGCGCUAUGUCGCGCGUAGAUGA